AUGGGGAAAAUGAUAUGUAUUAUUAUUUUCCUUUUCAUUUAUGCUCUUAAUCUCCUUACAAUUUUAUCAGGGGUGAAUGCGGAAUGGGUAAAUGAGACAACAGCAUAUAUGGGAUCUUCACCUGUUACUCUUCGUAUUACUUCUGUAGGUGAUUGGAAUAAUUUGAUGGAAACUGGUUUUUUUGGAACAAUGGGAAACCACCGAAAUCUUCUUUGGUAUUGCCGUCAUCCGGAUGCUAAAAGUAUUUAUCAUUUAUGUUGGAAAUCACUGGAUUUCCCUAGCCCUAUUAUUAGUACCAUUGUGGUAGAUUUAAACCGUGAUGGGGUGAUGGAUAUUCUUGUACAAUGCCAAGAUGAAGUCUUACGUUUUAUUGAUGGUAAAAAUCGUAGUAAAGCUCCCAUAUCCAUUAAUAAUGGAAGUAAUAUUCCAAAUUUUAAUGCUAAUAUCCCACAAAUGAGUUUAGUUAGUGUAUUUAACUCUUGUGGAUUACCAGAUAUAGCAAUGGUAGAUAAAAAUGGUUCUCUUGUUAUUAUGCGUGCUACAACAGAGGUAUCUGGUAGUAAUUGUAUUGGUAAGGAUGUUAUUCCUACAUUUGAUCAGUUUAUCUUAGUAGAGGGGGAAAAGGGAGUGAGGGAAGUUGUUCCUCUAAGUAUCAUUUCAGAUGAUAUAAAUGGUGAUUGUGCUGUGGAUUUAAUCUAUAGUAUUCAUAAUAUUGACAAAAAUACUCUAGAAGUUUAUGUUUUCUUUACCUCGCAAAAUCGACAUGAGUUAUUAAUGACCUUAAAACCUGCUAAUCGUUACGGUUCUCCAACAGUUGUGGAUAUAAAUGGUGAUGGCGCACCCGAUAUUAUUUUUCCACUUUGUGCUAAAGAAGAAAAUAUAGAUUCAUUUGGGAAUUGCAGUGGAUUUAACGGUUUAACGGUAUUUUAUAACCUUUUAGAGGGAUCUUCUUCAUGUUCUAAUGCCAAAUGUUGUAAUGGACAUCCUUAUGGAUUUAGUGAAAAAGUAUCCAAAACAUUUUUUCUGGAUUUAAAUAAUGUAUGUGGUAUUCAUACAGUAUCCGGUUUGCCUCUUCUAAUGCCUAACUCAUUAGAUUCUCCACUUGAAUUACGCUUUGGAGAUUAUAAUAGAGAUGGCUAUAAUGAUCUUCUUAUACCUAGCACAUAUGGUCCUCUUUUACUUACAACGAAAUCAAAUUCUGAUACGUUACCUUUCAGUUGUACUCCUUUAAAUAGUGAACUUGCACAUGAUCCUUCUUCUGGUAAUCACCAAAUGUAUAUCCAAGCAGUUCCUUUUUUUGUUGUUAUUUCUGAUAGAGGACGUCUUGAUAUCAUUUUAACCUAUCAUGGAAAAAAUAGUCUUGCUAUAACCGUUUAUACCAAUCACAUUUCAUCAUUGGAGCAAAAUUAUUUUUUAACUGCAAGUGCUCUCAAUGGGGUAGGACAAAUAGAUACUUGGGGGUUGUAUCAACCAGGUGCUGUUCAUCGCUUUAGGUGGAGUGAUAUAGCAAUGAACCAUCGAUGGGGAUAUGGAGUGCAAUUGUCUAAAAGUCAAGGACAUGCUUUACAAUCUCCACGUUUAUUUUUUGGUCUUGGUCGUACUUUUUCUUAUGUUGAAGAUUACACCGUUGCUGUUCUCGUCGAUCGAGAAUCUGUGCAUCAUCAAUGGUCAGAAAACCUUAUACCAAACUCAAAUUUAUUUAUAUGGUUAUCUCCAUUCGUUUCAUCUUCACAAUGGCGCCUGCGUCUGUAUAUCGCUUCAUCAACCUACCAGAUGUUAUUAUUCGUAGUGCUUAUUACUACUCUUGUGCUUAUUGGAAUUCCUAUUCUAUUUCUUAAGUGGAGGGAAGUUCAACAAGAUCGACGUGAGUGGAGAUUCAGGUAA